UUAUUUAUUUCCUGUAACAGCAGGCAGGGAAGGAGAUCUAAGCACAGGAAAACUUUAAUAAACAAACAGGGAAAUGCUAGGAAACUGGCAAAUACAUACAACGACAAGCACUAUAUAUGCACAAGAGAACAUAGACCAGCUUAACGCAAUAACAAGGGGGCGUGGUUAAUGAACUGUCACAACAAUUAAUGAGAGUAACUAUGGCAGCUAACAAGGGCAAGGCACACAGGGACUAGACAUGACAACUUUUUUUUUUUUUUUUUUUUUUACCAGUUCCAAUCAGUAAAAGAAUAAAAUGGCACAUUUCCCAGCAUAUGUUUUGCUUUAUUCAAGCACUCAUUAACAAUUUACCAGGACAGAUCUAGCACGGCAUCAUUUUGUUCUUGUUCAUCUGACAUAUGUUCUCCAUUGACUCCCCUCUGUGGAUUUAUGUGAAUGAACUUCACUGAAUAUUUUAUGAGUCUGGUUGACACAAUGUCCACUUCCAAACAUCACGUCAUGUCAUGAAGAUUACCUCACCCCUCCACACAAACGUGUGCAUCUGUGUGCACACAAAUAUGUCAAUUAUGACGUGAACACGCAUGGAUCCAAACCACACAUAAUGACUGUGUGCCCUUUUGGGGAGCUAUCUGCGGUUUUAAAGAGCUCUCGUACAAAGAAACACAUCCUCCAUCUGAGCUACAGACAUCCAGAGGGUGAAGUGGGAGGGGUCCUGAGGAGGGAUGCACUCCCAGAAGAUUUACAUGCGAGCUCAGCUCGGCCAAUCAGCUGCAGCGAUGAGCUCAUUCUAAUCUGGAGGAGCUACCUGAUUGGCAGAGCUGCAGUCAGAGACUCUCACCUGAAUGAUUGGGUGAAAAACAGCCUUAUUUGGAAGCUGUUACAUGGGCAUAUUUUCCUUCCAAGGCGCAGGCAUUUUUCAUUUGGUUUGAGUGCGCAGCUCACGGAUAGAUGCUAUCAGACAAUGCAUUGGCUUCUUCAUGCCCUCCUCUGUUUUAGGUGGACUCUUGCCAGGUUUCUUAACAAUGGAGUCAGCCAUCACAAGGAAUGCCCUGGAAUUUCUGGACUUUUCAGAUGGCGUUUAGAUUUAAAAUCACAAUGUUAGUAAGGGUGGACUAAAAAAAUAAGAUCAAGCUUUGAGAUCGUCUCUUAGAGCAGUUUGUGUUCGUCUUCCCUAUCAGCCAGUGCUUUCUAAUCUCAUCUGCUAUCUGGAUUUACUCAUUCAAAAUGCCUGAGGCAAAUUAUUUGCUGUCAGUUUCUUGGGGAUACAUUAAGUUCAAGAGGAUGUUGAACAGAGAAUUGACUCACCUCUCAGAGAUGAGCCGAUCUGGUAACCAGGUGUCUGAGUUCAUCUCCAGUACAUUCUUAGAUAAACAACACGAGGUGGAGAUGCCAACGCCCCAGUCCCAGAAAGACAAGGAGAAGAAGAAAAGGCCGAUGUCCCAGAUUAGUGGUGUCAAAAAGCUAACGCACAGUUCCAGCCUUACCAACUCUAACAUCCCUCGGUUUGGGGUUAAAACUGAAACAGAAGAUGAGCUGGCCAAGGAGCUUGAAGAUGCAAAUAAAUGGGGCCUUAAUGUCUUCAAAGUGUCCGAAUUUUCUGGGAACAGGCCUUUAACGGUUAUGAUGCACACAAUAUUCCAGGAGAGGGACUUGUUAAAGACGUUUAAAAUUCCUCUCGACACGUUUAUCACCUAUCUGAUGACUUUAGAGGACCAUUACCAUGCUGACGUUGCCUAUCACAACAACAUCCACGCUGCUGAUGUCACACAGUCCACUCACGUCCUGUUAUCAACCCCUGCCCUUGAGGCUGUGUUUACAGACCUUGAAAUUCUCGCUGCCAUAUUUGCCAGUGCCAUACAUGAUGUUGACCAUCCUGGCGUCUCCAACCAGUUUCUCAUUAACACUAACUCUGAGCUGGCCCUCAUGUAUAAUGAUUCGUCUGUGUUGGAGAAUCAUCAUCUGGCUGUAGGUUUUAAACUGCUGCAGGAAGAGAACUGUGACAUCUUCCAGAACCUGACCAAGAAACAGAGACAGUCACUCCGCAAGAUGGUCAUUGACAUUGUUCUGGCCACUGACAUGUCUAAGCACAUGAAUUUGUUGGCAGAUCUGAAAACCAUGGUGGAGACCAAAAAGGUGACCAGUUCUGGGGUAUUACUGCUAGACAACUACUCUGACAGGAUACAGGUCUUGCAGAACAUGGUGCACUGUGCAGACCUCAGUAACCCCACCAAGCCGCUGCAGUUGUACAGGCAGUGGACGGACCGCAUCAUGGAGGAGUUCUUCAGCCAGGGGGACAGAGAGCGGGAGCGCGGCAUGGAGAUCAGCCCCAUGUGUGACAAGCACAACGCUUCAGUCGAGAAGUCCCAGGUGGGCUUCAUCGAUUACAUUGUUCACCCUCUGUGGGAGACGUGGGCAGACCUGGUGCACCCAGACGCACAGGACAUCUUGGACACACUGGAGGACAACAGGGAGUGGUACCAGAGCACCAUCCCCCAGAGCCCCUCUCCAGCGCUGGACACCAACAGCGAGGGCCGACGCACCGCCGGCCAGGAGAAGUUCCAGUUUGAACUGACUCUGGAGGAGGACGGAGAAUCAGACACGGAGAAGGACAGCGGCAGCCCUCCUGAGGAUGAGGAAGAAGAGGAAGAGGAGGAAAACAGCUGCAGUGACACUAAAACCCUUUGCACACAGGACUCCGAAUGUACAGAGAUCCCCCUGGACGAGCAGGUGGGGGACACACAGGAGGACGAGGAGGAAGAGGACGAACAGGAGGAGGAAAGGGAAAUUUCAGAACCCUGUGUUUUAGAGGAGGAGGAGGAGGAGGAGGAAGAGCACACUGCCAACACAUAACACAGUAUGACACAGCACCUGAACUUUUUUAUAUUAGAGAUGAGACACACUUAUUUAUGGUAAAGAUAUUCGUUUUUUUCAUCGUCUAUUUUACAUACGUCGUUCAAAAGUGCUUUUUAAAUGUCCGCCUUUAACCGUUUUUUAUUUUUCAUUUUUUGAGUUACAACCACUUUUACACUCAGGAAUAUCUUUUCCAUUUAAACCUGUCAUUCAUACAAACAAACGUAACAAAUGAAAGGUUAAAAAGCUUGACCGAUUGUGAGGUACUUUUAUUAUUAUUAUAAUAUUCUUUUUUCACUGAAUCAGUAUUUCAGAAACACUGAACUUAGAAAGCAGCUGUUUUUUCACCACCGAGACACUAUUUUUUCCUGUUUAUCUGAAGGAAAGCGGCAAUUCGAAGCAUUUUUGCAGACAAACACUGGAAGUGAAUACUUCAUGCUUUGGACUUCAAGUCUUCCUGAUGCCUUGAAUGUGUUAUUAAUGAUGGAUUUAGCUCUCUGUUGUGUUUGUGUAUCAUUAUUUGAAGCAUAUGGACAUGGUACCAAAGUGAAAAGAACUCACCAUUUACACAGACAAUACACUUUUUCAUUUAAAUUACCAUAUUUGGUGUAAAUAUGGUAGUUUGUGCAUCUUUUUAUUAUUUUUUGCAUCCAAUCCAGAUCUGAAAAUGGUUCAUUAAAAAAAUAUUUUGUUUUAAACAAUUCGUUUUUCAGCUUAUCAAUAAUUCCUAAUUGUGGCCCUAUUUCAAUGUUUCAAAAUGUUAUUCCCCCAAGAACAAGAACUUAUAAUUCUGUUAUAAAAUAAGAGCUUGAAUAAGCCUUAAAUGUUUUGUUGCCUACCAGUAAUGUACAAGAACAUGCAAGCAAUGGAUUCAAAUGAAUCCUAAUAAUAAUGCUAUUUAUUAUCAUGUUAAUGAUGAAUCCUGAAAUCAACUGACAUAAAUGAAGAAGCUCAAUUUACCGGUUUGUGUUUUCACAUGAUCACGGGAUAUUUCACAAGUGUGAAUCUAGUUGCACUGUAUUUUUUUUUUAUUUUUUAUUGUUGUAUUUUUUUUUUCAUUGUAUUUAUUUUGGACAUUUUUGCCAAACAUUACCAGUCGCAAUGAUUUUAAUUGCUGCUUUAUUCAUCUCUGUCAAGCGUUCUACUGUACAAACAUCCUCUUCAUUUGAUUUUGAUGCUAGCAUUAUUUAUUAAUGCUCUUUGAUGUGCUUUGAUGUAGCAUAUUAAAGUGUUUUAAUCAACUUGUAGCAUAAGCAGUUCAGGCUUAUGAGUCAAUUUUCCUUAAAAUAUUUUAAUUAUACAUAUGCAGUAGAUAUACUUAAUCAGAGGUACAAAAUUCUAUAUAAUAUUGAAGCCUUUUGAAAAGACCCCUUUUUCAUUGCUUUCUUUAUUCCAUGUAAAACUCAUUCUGUUGCCAAGUUUGCUUUUUUAUCAGUAGGUUUUUGUAUUGUCUACAUUGUUUCUCAUUUCUCUCUGUUUACAUACAUGUAUUUAUUGUGCUGUAUAGUACAUAUUGUUGAUCUUAUCAUGUGGUUGUAAAUGAUUAUAUCAUCCCUUUUGGUGAUGGUGUUGUAUUAUGGAACUCUUACUGAGAGAAUGUUUGUUAUUCUUAGUAUGUAAUGAUCCCAUUGAAAUGUGUCUCUAGAGAGAUUGCGUAGAGAAAGGGAAAGCCAAAUUAUAGUCAUUACUGUGUUUAUUUUUUUAUUCUUUCUUUCUUUUUAAAAGAAAGUGGUUCCGUGGCCUGAGGGUUGUGCCUUACAGAUAGCUCUUUAGAUUUUAUCCUCUUGCUGCACUAAAGAAACUACUGGCUGAAAAUCGACCUAGAUGUGUUUGUCGUGUUCCUCCUGUUUAUGUGGCAUAAAUGCUCCCAGACAAGAGUUGUCAGACCUCAUUGGACAGGGUAAAAACAGGCCAGUGUGAUGGGUUUGGGUUUGCAACCUGCUGUAAGAACCUCCAUCAUAUUUCCGUCUAUGCUGUUCAUUUGAGACAUUUGAGUUUCAUGCAAUAUGAGAGACAACAUUUCUGUUUGGGGAUUACAAGGCAUUUUGAUUCACAGAUCCAGAGAGGGGUCCUUCAAAAAAGAGCCCAAACGCUCAAUUUGGCACUCAUUUUGACACAUAUACUGUAGAUUCUGAUUGACCCUAAAUGGAUGAAAUCAGUGCGUCCUUCUGGUCUCUUUUUAAAUUAAGAGAAAAAUACACAGAAUUUGAACAAAUUAUAUUUAGGGAUAAUUAUUAUAAUUUUUUUUGUUAUGUGACUUGAAUGACAAAACUUGGAGGUUUCACAAGACCUGUAGUUGUUUAUUGGAAUCCUUGUUUAUCGCAGUCUAUCGGAUAGAACUGUAGAAAUACAAAUUUACAUACGAAAACUGGUAAAAUUCAAUAAAAAUGUUUUUAUAUGCACCAAAAUAAAAGCAUGGGUUGACUAUGA